AUGAGUUUUGGCGCACAACUUAAUUGUGAUAUCCCCAUAUACUGUUCUGGCCCAAUUCUUGAACAAAUUCAAUUAGCUCGUUUAUUUAAUGAUUCAAAAACUUUUGUUGAUAUGCCAACACAGAAACCUCUUAAUGAAGUUCUAGAAGCAGGAAACAAACUUCCUCAAAAUGCAUCCAAAUCUACACUACAAGACUUUGUCAACACUUAUUUUUCUAAAGAAGGUCAAGAAUUAAUUCAAAUCGAAUUACCCAAUUUUAAUCCAUCUCCAUCUUUCCUUGAAAAAAUUAAAGAACCAAUUAUUCGUGAAUUUGCCAAACAAGUACAUAAUUAUUGGUCAAACCUUACGCGCAAAGUUGAUCAAAGCUUUAUGUGUUCAGGAUGUGUGUCGAGUUUUAUCCCGGUCAAUAGGAGCUUUGUAAUACCCGGUGGAAGAUUCCGAGAAAUUUAUUAUUGGGAUAGUUAUUUUGUUAUUGAAGGAUUAUUGGUUAGCGAGUUAUAUGAAAUUGCUAAGAAUAUGAUUGAGAAUUUUUUGGAUUUGGUAGAGAUUUAUGGGUUUGUGCCCAACGGUUCACGAAUAUAUUAUUUAAAUCGUUCCCAACCUCCAUUAUUAACCCAAAUGGUGAAAAUUUAUUAUGAAGCUACUAAUGAUACCUCAUUACUUCGCAAAGCAUUUCCAACAUUGCUCAAAGAAUACAAUUUUUGGUAUAAAAACAAUACAAUAAGUGUACAUAAAAAUGAUAAAACAUAUUAUUUAAGUCAUUAUGAUGUUUAUAAUUUUUAUCCACGCCCAGAAAGUUAUUAUGAGGAUUAUAUUACAGUCGAACUGGAUUCAUUUAAUUUAACUGUGAAACAUGAAUUAUACUCUGACAUAGCAACAGCUGCAGAAUCAGGAUGGGAUUUCUCAUCGAGAUGGGCAAGAAAUCCUUACAUUAAACCACCAACUAACAGUUCUACUAAUAACUUUGAAAUUCUUCGUACGUUAAAUACUAGAGCUGUAGUCCCGAUUGAAUUAAAUUCAAUUUUAUAUAUGAAUGAAAUUACCCUAUCCGAAUUCGCGAAACAAAUUGAUGAUUGGAAAACGGUAAAUGAGACGGUAAAACGACUAAAGAAAUCGGCGGAAGAAAGACUUGAAGGGAUGAUCGAAUUACUUUGGGAUAAUCACACUGCAACGUUUAGAGAUUAUAAUCUGACCAGUAAUACUCAAUCUAAAAUAUUUUCUCUCGCUGCAUAUUUUCCAUUUUGGGCUCGAGCAUUACCAGAAGAAAUGCUUACAGAUUCGAAAAAUAAUUACAAAUCUUUUUCUAAUGUAUCAUACCUAUUAUCAAAAUAUAAAGGUUGUCCACCAGCCACAGAAAUCAAUUCCGGUUUACAAUGGGAUUUCCCAAAUUCUUGGCCUCCAUUGACUUAUGCAAUAAUCAAAGGUCUUUUAAAUUCUUAUCAUGGUUAUUAUAGCAAUUCUCAAAAUAUAGAGGAUUCAAAGUUCUUAGAUCUUGCAUUGAAUAUAAGUCAACGUUAUGUUUCUUCUGUAUUGUGUGCUUGGUAUUCAACGGGUGGAUCCAUACCCGAAUUAUUGAUUAAAUUACAAAACACUACCGAUGUUGGACAUAUUUUUGAAAAAUACAGCGCGUUAGAUACCGGUGUGCCGGGUAACGGCGGUGAAUAUCAAGUUCAGGAUGGAUUUGGAUGGACAAAUGGUGUUUUAUUAUGGAUAAUAUCAAAUUUUGGUGAUAAAUUAGAGGUUCCAGAAUGUAUUAAUAAUCAAUAA